AUGUGGAUAGGGGUUGGUGGGUUUGGUAUUAGUAGGGGGAUUGAGAUGGGAGAUGGAACGGGUGGUAUCGUAGCGGUAGUGGCAAGUAGAGGUAUAGCUCUGGGCAUGGGGGAUAUACCCUCAGAUGAAUGCGGUGCUGCUGGUGUACUGGAGGGUGCCGGCGGAUGGAGCAACAAAAGGGAGCUCGGUAUCCGUAUAUUAGGAGACAGAGGCUCAGGCAGCAAAUAUCUCUCAUGUGGAGGAGUUAGAAAAGCGAGUCGUGCCCUUGCCAUUGGAAAUCCAUUGAGAGCGUUCGUCUGUGAAGAACUGAACAUCACGACUGUGGAUGAUCUGUUGAGUUGCAAAGCUCUGGUUGAGUGUAUAUUCCAGUAG